AAAAAAAUUAAAAAAAAAAAAAAUUCACUAACCCUAGAUCUCUCUUUCUUCUUUCUUCUCUCUUCUCUCUCUCCAAGACGAAGAACCCACACAGCGUGCAUUGCUGUCCGUACAAAUUUGUCUGCUUUGGUUCUUCUUCUGCUUCUUCUUCUUUGUUUUGCUUCGAUUGGACGACAAUCAUUGCGGUGCGAGUCGGCGGAGCUUUUUGUUAUGCUGCUCGGCGCUUAGGUUCUCACGAAAGCUUUGAUUUUUAGGAGGGUCUGUGAUUUUUAGGGUUAGGGUUUAUUUAUUUAUUUUUGAAUUGGGUUCGGGUGGCUGCGCAAAUGGAGCCUCGUGUUGGGAAUAAGUUCAGGCUGGGACGGAAGAUCGGUAGCGGCUCGUUCGGGGAGAUCUAUCUUGGUACCAAUAUUCAGACGAACGAGGAGGUUGCGAUUAAGCUGGAAAAUGUGAAGACAAAACAUCCUCAGUUGCUGUAUGAAUCCAAGUUGUACAGGAUCCUACAAGGAGGAACUGGGAUACCAAAUGUGCGGUGGUUUGGAGUUGAAGGAGAUUAUAACGUUUUGGUAAUGGAUUUGCUGGGUCCUAGUCUUGAAGACUUAUUUAACUUCUGCAGUAGGAAACUUUCUUUGAAAACAGUUCUUAUGCUGGCAGAUCAAAUGAUCAAUCGUGUUGAAUUUGUUCAUUCCAAAUCCUUUCUUCAUCGUGAUAUCAAGCCAGACAAUUUUCUCAUGGGAUUAGGAAGGCGUGCAAAUCAGGUAUACAUGAUUGAUUUUGGUCUGGCUAAGAAAUAUCGGGAUAGUACAACCCGUCAACAUAUUCCAUAUAGAGAAAACAAGAAUCUGACUGGAACAGCAAGAUAUGCAAGCAUGAACACCCACCUUGGGAUUGAGCAAAGCCGGAGGGAUGAUUUGGAAUCUCUUGGUUACGUCCUGAUGUACUUCCUUAAGGGAAGUCUUCCUUGGCAGGGACUAAAAGCAGGAACUAAGAAACAGAAAUAUGAAAAAAUUAGUGAGAAAAAGGUUUCUACUUCAAUUGAGGCCUUGUGUCGUGGUUAUCCAACAGAGUUUGCAUCAUAUUUCCAUUACUGUCGCUCACUGCGAUUCGAUGAUAAGCCAGACUAUGUUUAUCUGAAAAAGAUAUUCCGUGAUGUCUUCAUUCGUGAAGGUUUCCAGUUUGAUUAUGUUUUUGACUGGACAAUUUUGAAGUAUCAGCAAUCACAGCUGGCUACACCUCCCACCCGUGCCCUUGGUGCUGGAACUAGUUCUGGAAUGCCGCAUGCUCCUGCCAUUGUGGACAGGCAGACUGGUGAGGAAGAUGGGCGGAUAGCCGGUUUAUCCUCACUGGAUGCCUCUCGGCGGAGAAUACCGGGACCAGCUCUGAAUUCUGCGAGUGUGUCAAGGCAGAGAAAUUCAAUUGCUAUGGAUUCUGCGAUAACUAGAGAGAAUAAUCUGUUAUCAAAUCCCAAUAUGUUGGGCCGAUCUAGUGGAUCAUCAAGGAGACCUGCUGUUUCCAGCAGUCGUGAGGGAUUUGGAAGGAGCGAGUCUGAACACCGUGUUCGCACAACCGAUGCUAGUCCUGGAACAGGCCACAGAAUUUCGAGUGGCCAAAGAAGUUCACCGGUUGAGUCAUCGGACCCUACUCGUACCGGAAGACAUAGCUCACAAAUUAGAAACUAUGAAACUGCCAUUAGAGGCCUUGAAGGCCUGCAGUUAGACCAUGAGGAGAGGAUCCAUUACUAGAUGGUGCUGACUUCUGCUGGUUGCUGUAAAUCUCUUAAUUUGAUUGUAUGCUUUCUUCAGAAUAGGUUUUCGAAAAAGAAAAAAUAUAUAUAUCGAAGGUGAGAGAGUCUGAGAGGUGAUUUUUACUUGAACUCAGUUACCCAUGGAAGAGAGCUGAAAGUGUUUGUUGAUUCAACUUGUGCUUUAACACGUUGAUCCAUUUGCGUGAUAAACAAUGUAAAUUUUCUUUUUCCAAAAGAAAAUAACAAAAAUUGUUAAGAGAUGGGUGCCUGUUUUGCCCCAGAUUUAAAGCAA